AUGCGUUCCCUGGCACGACGGCGGAACGUUUUUCUCAACUCGCGAUCGACCUUUUCGGAGCAAUUCGACUCGCUGAAAGACCCGGCGUUUUACUUGGCAAAUUUGGUGAUUGCACCGGGCAGAACCCCAUCUGUAGCGGAGAUCAUGAGAAUGGGAUUGAUCGGGAGGAGAAAGCCAGCCGGAGACAAACUUUUGCUACCGCCAUUGCAACGCCGAGAUGUGCACAAGAAAUGUUUGAUCAUCGAUUUGGAUGAAACGCUCGUUCAUUCGUCUUUCAAGCCCGUCAAAAACCCCGACUUUGUCAUUCCGGUGGAGAUCGACGGCGUCAUUCAUCAGGUAUACGUCUUGAAGAGGCCGUUUGUAGACGAAUUCCUCGAGCAUGUUGGGGACAAAUUCGAAUGUGUUUUGUUCACGGCCAGUCUUGCCAAGUAUGCUGAUCCAGUGGCCGAUUUGUUGGAUAAACGAGGAGUCUUCCGAACUCGACUCUUCCGUGAAGCUUGCGUUUUUCAUAAAGGAAAUUAUGUCAAGGACCUAGCUCGACUCGGACGUGAUCUCAACAAGGUGCUCAUCAUGGACAACUCCCCGGCCAGCUAUGCCUUCCAUCCAGAAAAUGCUAUUGCCGUCCAGACGUGGUUUGAUGAUCCGCACGAUUCAGAGCUACUCGAGGUGUUGCCGCUAUUGGAUAGACUCGUCGACGUCGACUCGGUGUACACGAUGUUGAGACAAAGUGAAUCGCCGGAGCCUCGAUCCGAUAGGAGUUCAUCA